CUAUGAAGAAUUUUGCACACUUCCUCACGCUGGUCAUUUUGGCCAUCGCCACGGCACCGCUAAUCACGGGUUACAGCUACUCGAGCAUUCAUAACUCACCAUAUGAGGAUGAUUACAGCAGUAUAGAGGAUAGCAGUUCGUUGGGAAGCGAAAGCGACGAGGUUCAUCACAAUGCGAUCGUCACCCAUUCGGAAAAGCAGGCAAACUAUGCAGUUCCGGUCUAUCAGAAGAUCGGUGUCCCCGUUCCCCAUCCGAUCCCGGUUGCCGUUCCACAGUAUGUGAAGAUCAACGUCCCUCAACCGUAUCCGGUACAGGUCAACGUGCAACAACAGAUCAAGGUGCCGGUCUAUAGGAUAGUGCCGAAGAUCAUCGAACGGCCCGUGCCAUAUACGGUGGAAAAAUCCUACCCGGUGGAAGUUGAGAAACCCUUUCCCGUGGAAGUGCUGAAGAAGAUUGAGGUUCCCGUACCUAAGCCAUACCCAGUGCCGGUUCCGAUCUACAGGCACGUUACCCACAAGGAGAAUAACCACCGGAGUUGGCGUUGGUAGAGCUGUUCUCCGCAGGCACGAUGCCAUCUGGUAAUUAGGAUUUCUGUUGACUUUAUUUAUUUCGUUUCAACUGACUUGUUAUUAGAAUAAAUGUUAU